UCUAGAAAAAGGCAAAAACACACUGGUCCUCGUAAGAAACGGCGGUUCUUCCUGUGAGACUCCACAGUAGUCGUGACAGUUCAUAGUCUUCCAAGACUUGAAAGCCGUCUCAAUCUUCUAUCCUUAUUCUUUGCUUCUUCCCUCCAUCUUCAAUGUCGGUCACUCUGUCCCAUUCGAUCUGUCAUCGAAAAUGAUAAAUUUUAUUAUCGGAUUUUUGAUAGCCUGGAAAGCUUCACAACUGUCAGAUUCCAACUCUUUUCCAGUCCAAUAUCGAUCUUAUUAAGUGUUACAGAGGUUUGUUCUUCCUUUGAUCUGAUUUUAAUCGGUUUGGGGUUGGAAAUGGAGGGUGGUGGUGGUGGUGAUGGUGGAAUGAAAUUGAGGACUUGGAGAUUGAAGGAAGAUCGAGGUGUCGGUGUUGGACAGACUGGAACAGAGGCGGCUUCUUUAGGUGUUGAUGUCUCUGUUUCUUCGCCGGUAACUCGUCAGAAAGCGGCUGCUGCUAAGCAGUUUAUCGAGAAUCAUUAUAAGAACUAUCUCCAAGGCUUGCAAGAUCGUAAAGAGAGACGUUGGGCACUUCAAAGGAAAGCACAAGAAGCUCAAAUCUCAAAUGAAGAACAACAAGAGAUGCUGAGGAAUUUGGAACGUAGAGAAACUGAGUAUAUGCGAUUGCAAAGACAUAAGAUGGGAAUCGAUGACUUUGAGCAAUUAACAGUAAUUGGAAAAGGUGCAUUUGGUGAGGUGAGGCUUUGCCGUGCUAAAAACACAGGAGAAAUCUUUGCCAUGAAGAAGUUGAAAAAAUCAGAAAUGCUUAGUCGUGGACAGGUUGAGCAUGUUAGAUCUGAGAGAAACUUACUUGCUGAGGUUGACAGCCGUUGCAUUGUAAAACUAUUCUAUUCUUUCCAGGAUUCUGAAUUUUUGUACCUUAUCAUGGAGUAUUUACCUGGCGGUGACAUCAUGACGCUUCUAAUGAGAGCUGAUGUUCUUUCUGAAGAUGUUUCACGAUUUUACAUAGCAGAAAGCAUUUUAGCCAUUCAUUCUAUUCACCAACAUAACUACAUUCACAGGGACAUAAAGCCAGAUAACUUGAUCUUGGACAGAAAUGGGCAUUUGAAGCUCUCAGAUUUUGGCUUGUGUAAGCCCCUGGAUUGUAAAUAUUCAACAAUUUUAUUGGAAAAUGAAGGCUUCAGUAUUCAGGAACACACAAAAAUGGAAUCUGAAGGACAUGCUGAUGGAGCUCCCUGGCUAAUGCCAAAAGAACAAUUACAGCAAUGGAAACGCAAUCGACGAGCUUAUUCUACUGUCGGAACUCUUGAUUACAUGGCACCUGAGGUAUUGCUGAAGAAAGGUUAUGGAAUGGAAUGUGACUGGUGGUCUUUAGGGGCGAUCAUGUAUGAGAUGCUUAUAGGUUAUCCUCCCUUUUGUUCUGAUGAUCCAAGGAUCACUUGCAGAAAGAUAAUAAACUGGAGAAAAUGCUUGAAAUUCCCUGAGGAACCAAAAAUAUCAGAUGAGGCUAGGGGUUUGAUAUGUCGUUUACUCUGUGAUGUUGACACAAGGCUGGGGACCAGAGGAGUAGAAGAAAUAAAGGCACAUCCAUGGUUUAGAUGCAUUCAGUGGGACAUGCUAUAUGAGAUGGAAGCUGCCUACAAGCCUACUGUGAAUGGAGAAUUAGAUACUCAAAAUUUUGAGAAGUUUGAUGAGGUGGGAGGUCCACAGUCAGCAUUGCCAAGAGUAGGACCCUGGCGCAAGAUGUUGACGUCAAAAGAUUCCAAUUUCAUAGGGUAUACUUACAAGAAAUCAGAUGUGCUAAAAUCAAUUGGAACUUCAGGUUGGUUGAUUUUCAGGUUUUGAUUCUGUUAAAAUGUGUUGAUAUGUCUUAAUGAUUGGUGGGCCUACUUCACAUUCUAAAUUCCUGUUGCAAUGCCUUCUUAUUUUUGUUUAUUUUCCUUCUAGGCUGGUCGUAAUUCCUUUUUCAAUUUGAACUCUAUGACCAUUGUCUUCAUGUAGGCCUAUGGAAAUUUAUGAGAGAGAAAAAAAGAGCAGCUAUUUUAGAGGGAAGGUUGGAAACCAACAAUUUACCACAUAAAAUUUAACAAAAAGAAAGGGUAGCAAGGCUGUUGAUAUUACAAAACAUACAUGCACAACAGAAUAUUAAAAAUUAGAAAUUGUACUUUUAUAAUAGGGAGUAAACAAGAUAAGAAUUGGGUAUUGGAAAUGGACAAAGAUUCUCUUGUUGAUACAUGGUACUUGUACGAGCCAUACAGAGCUCCUGGUUCAUACAUCUUGAUGAGUUUUCAGAAUACCACU